AUGUCCAAAAAUAUCAAAACUAUCCCCACGUCAGAAUACGAUGAAGUCGUAAAGGCAGUCCAACACUACGUCAACAGCGUCGCAAAAGCAGAUCGCGCCCUCCUCGACCUCGCAUUCCACAAGGACGCAACAAUGACCGGCUGGGCCCCAGCUGACGGCACGCUCUCGCUGGGCUCGUACACCAACCUUCACGCAUUCUUCAAUACAUACGGCACAAGCGCAUCCCUCAAGACAAGAUGCGACGUCAUUGGCAUUACGCCCACAACCGCCGUAGUCAAGGUUGACAUGGAGAAUACCCCCGACGGGCCGGCGUACACCGACUUUCACACGUUGAUCAAGGUUGAUGGGGGCUGGAAGAUUAUCGCAAAGGUAUUCCACGCUUAUGAGUCUUGA